AUGAAAGAAGCAAGCCCCUCUAGAAUCGAUACCAAACCCACCCCCCGCGCCACUACAACCGCCCGCCUCCACCGCAGAUACACCUCCCGCAGUCGGCCCAUAACAACGCUCAUCCUCCUCCUCAUCUGCGUCCCCUUGGUCCUCUACCAUGUUCUACCCUGCCUAACCCAGGCCAUCAACAACUUCAUCACCUCACAUCUCGGCAACUCGUCAACCGAAAAAAGUUCAUUUUGCACACAGAACGUCGGGAGUCAGGAAUGUUGUGCCAUUUACCUCACCGCACAGCCUUGUCUGGACGAGUGCGCAAAGUUAUACAUUGACCGCGAGACCAUGGGGCUCACUGCUCAGUACGAUGAGUGUGCGGAUCAGUGUUUGGUCAGGUACAAUUGGGCCUGCAAGAAGGACAAGAAGGACCAGAAAGAAUAG